AAUCGGAUGGGUUCCACUGAGGGAUGGUUGGUGUGAACUCAUCGAGGGAGCAGCCCCAGCAUGGUAAGCAGCACGCUGUGCCCCUGCGUGGGGAGCUGCGUGUGGAGCUGUAUGCUGUGCCCCUUCCUGCUCUGCGGGGAGCUCCUGCAUGGCCUCACCCAUUGCAAGCCAGCAGCCCCUCUGCUUCUGCUGCUUGCAUCAAUGUGUCUGCCAAUGCAGAAGCUUGCUAGUUGUUAUUUGUACUUGAAGUGCUGGUGGCAGUGUGGUCACUUCUGCAGCUGCUCCGCAGGACCCCAGCAGUCAGGGCCCAGGUGUGCCUGGUGCUGCUCCAGCCCCACCAGCUCUGGGCUCAUUGGUGCUCUGGGGCACACAGGGAGGAGUGGGUACUGCUGUGGGGAGCUGUGUGUGCUGUGCCUGUUCUGUCUCGUGAGCCACUUGCAGAGCAUAGUGUGGCACUUUGCUCCGAGGUCCCCUUUCUCAGGGUAACGUGCUUCAGGCACCAGAGCAGCUCUGAGAAGUUGUGAUCUCUGCAAAUCGUGUCCUUAUCCAGUCUGAUGCAGACUUUGUGGCAGUCACAUUGAUGUCCUUUCAGAGCUGAACCUUAACUUGAUAUCAGUUGUAGCCCAUGUUCUACUUUCCUAGCACUCGGUCUUCCCCUGUGCUCUGACCAGGUUGCUCUCUCUGGUGCUCAGUGCCCCUGGGGAUGCUCAGCAGCAGGACAAAAGCAAGGUUUCUCCCCAAGCAGCCUCCUGUGAGGUGCAGCUCCCCAGGAACGCUUGCUCCUCACCACCAUGCCGCAGAGCCCCGGGGCAGCCCUCUGUUCCGUAGGGAUGCUCAGCCCUCCUACCCCAGAAUGUGCAGGAGCAGGGGAUGUGCUCCACCUGCACCGCUUCUGUGCCAUCCUGGUGCUGGGGUGCCAGCAGAAACGUGAACACACCAUGAAUGGCUCCAUCCAUUCAAUAGAAGCUGUCUGGCUGUGAACGGGACAGACGGCUGCCAGGAGGUGGGAGCAGCCCUGGAGAAGGCUUACCUCUCCACCAUGUAUAGCCUGGAGUUUGCUUUGGGUGCCAUUGGGAACAGCGUUGUUGUGCUUGGUUACAUCUUCUGCCUGAAGGAGUGGAAAAGCGGCAAUAUUUACCUGUUCAAUUUGUCGCUGUCAGAUUUGCUGUUCCUGUGCACUUUACCGGUCCUGGUGAGCAGCUACUCCCGAGGCCAAUGGAUAGGUUCGAGCAUCCUGUGCCAUAGCAACAGGUUCCUGCUGCACGUCAACCUGUACACCAGCAUCCUCUUCCUUACCGUCAUCAGCAUCGACCGGUACAUGCUCAUGAGAUAUCCUUUCAGAGAUCACGCUCUGCAGAAGAGGAAGACAGCCUUCAUUGUGUGCAUUGCUGUCUGGGUUCUGGUGAUACUGGAGCUGCUGCCGCUGACGUUCUUCCUGGAGACGGUGUCGCCGGCCAAUAACUUCACGUGCCUUGACUACGCGAGUUCUGGGGACCCGGAGAAAAGCCUCAUCUAUAGUCUGCUCCUGACGCUCUUUGGGUUCCUCAUUCCCCUCGCUGUCAUGUGCUUCUUCUACGUGAAGAUGCUGCUUUUUCUGAAGACCUGGAAGGAUCAGAGCAGCUCUGUCCUGGCUCUCGAGAGGCCGCUCACCCUGGUGGUGCUGGCUGUCACCACCUUCUCGCUGCUCUUCACCCCAUACCAUGUGAUGCGCAAUGUCCGCCUCGCCUCCCGCAUCCCAGCCCUCAACAUGUCCGUGUGCACCCAGAGCGCCAUCAACACUGCCUACAUCGUCACCCGGCCCAUCGCCUUCCUCAACAGUGCCAUUAACCCCGUGUUCUACUUCCUAAUGGGGGACCACUUCCGAGAGAUGCUGAUGGCAAAAGUAGUGCAGGUGUUGGGCAGGCUGAAAAGCACAGGCAAAUGAACUGCUGGGGAGAGCUCUGGCAUUGGAACUGGGGGAAAGCUGCGUGGGAGAACAGCAGCAGCAUGCACUGCUUUAUUCUUUAGAUAGCUUUGUUCAGGUGACAGAACACACAGCAGCUGAGGGUGUCCCUCUGAAAGAGUCUGUUGACAAUUCGUGUCCAGCAGGACAGAGGUAGGGUCAGCUGGCGGCGGGCAGCCCGACACCGCACUCAGCAUAGGGUAUGCUGUGCUCUGUUGAGAUUGCAAAUAAAAUAUAGUUGUGACAUUUCUCAGCAGGAAA